GCAGCUUGUCGGGAGAUCGAAGAGCGCUUUGCCUUCAAAUCCAAGGUCUUUCAAGGUUUUCAACUUGAAGGUCUUCGAGAAUCGAGUUUUAAUAGGCGGCAAAUCCUGGUUCUUUUUCCCUUCCCCUUCCCCUUGCUCGCUCGGACGUCCUCAGGAGCACGUAAGAGUACCGUAUUCUUUUCAUCGUGGUUUUCUUCUUGAGGACAACAUGGAAAUUGCACCAGACGCUGCCGGGGCGGCCGCUUCUGUGUCCACUUUUGAUCUGAAUGCCGGCACCGCGGAUAUGGGGGUUCCCGCUGGUGGAGAUGCAAAUGUGGAACAUCAGCCAGCUGUGGAUGGCCAGGCUGCCCCAAUGGCUGUUGACGGGGUUCAGUACAGCUCUCUACCAGAAGAUGCUCUGGCGCCAGCUUCUGAGAAUCCUGCGUCACCUGCUGCUGCUUCAGUGCCGCCAACUACUCCUGCACCAGCUUCCACGCCAGUCAAAUCGCCGGUGAAGGUGGAGACCAAGGAGGACCAGCUGUGGAAGACGGUCACUGCAAACCCUGGCGAUUUCAAUGCGUGGACACAAAGUCCUUCGGGACUGAUUGCGGAGACGGAGAGGCUGGGUGACAUUGAGAAGAUCCGUCAUGUCUACGACACUUUCCUAUCAGAGUUUCCCCUGUGCUUCGGCUACUGGAAGAAGUAUGCGGAUCACGAGCUGCACCAUGGAGACGUGAACAAAGUGUUUGAAGUGUACGAGAGAGCUGUUCAAGCCGUGACCCAUUCCGUUGACAUCUGGGUGGCCUACAUGGCGUUUGCGGCGGAGAGGUCCCAUGAACCUGAUGAGACUCGCAAGCUUUUUGAAAGGGCCCUCGCAAUCGCGGGGAAUGACUACAAGGGGCACCCCCUUUGGGACAAGUACAUUGAGUUUGAAUCGUCCCGGGAAGAGUGGAGCAAUGUAGCACAGCUCUACACAAGAGUGCUACAGCUGCCAAUCUGGAAAGUGGAAUUCUACUGGGACAAGUUCAAGGACCUGGUCGAGAAGCAUCCUCUGUCUGACAUCCAGACGGCUGACGAGAAGGCUGCUCAGGCGGUCCCGCCAGAAGGCGAGGAAGCUCCUGGGAGCGAACCUGCUAAGACUGAGGCCGAGAUGAAGGCCGAGUACCUCGCUUCCAGAGAGGCCUUGUUCAAAGUCAGCAAGGAGGAGAAGAACAAGGUCAAGCGCUUCGAGGAGGCGAUUACGAGGCCCUAUUUCCACGUGAAGGCACUGGACGAGUCGCAGAUCUCAAAUUGGCACAAGUAUUUGGACUUCAUUGAGGAGGAGGUUGAGCUUCCAAAGGCUCUCAAGACGUACGAGCGCGCCGUCAUCGCCACUGCCAACUACCCCGAGUACUGGAUCCGCUACGUCCAGUUUCUGGAGUCCAAGGCCGACCUGGAGCAGGCGCGCAGCAUCCUGCACCGCGCCACCGGGACGUUUGUCAAGCGCAAGCCUGACAUCCACCUGUUCGCCGCGCGCUUUGAGGAGUCUUAUGGAAACACCGAUGCGGCGCUGGCCUCCUUCGAGCUGCUGCAAAAGGACGUGGCACCGUCGCUUCUGGAGGCGAUCUUCAAGCACGCCAACUUCCUGAACAGGCAGGGCAAGCCCGACGCGGCCGUGGCCGUGUACGAGGCCGCGUUUGCUGCCGAGAGCGCGAAGGAGGAGAGCAAGACCCUGCCGUUCCUGGCCCUGCAAUACGCCCGGUUCCUGUACCACUCCCUGAAUCAGAUCGACAAGGCACGGGAGGUGUACACCACCGCCCUAGAGAAAGUUUCGACGUCGAAGGUGCUCUGGGAGGGGGCCAUUCUGCUCGAGUCGCUGCUGCCGGGCGAAGACCGAGUGGGCCGGGUGCAGGGUCUGAUUCAGAAGGCUCUGGCGGCAACGACAGCGGCCGGAACGCCAGCCUUGGCUGCUACCGACCGGGAGGAGCUGUCUGCUUACUCGAUCGAGGUUGCUGACCUGUACGGCGACAUCGCCACCGUCCGCAAGACAGAAGCGGAGCACCGCAAAGUCUUCCCACCCAAGCGGCCCGUGGCGCCGGACACCCGCAAGCGGGCCGCCGAGACGACGCCGCAGCCGAGCAAACACAAGCCGUACGAGCGCUCCCCUUCCGCCGGAGCCUAUGCCAACGGAGGCUACGGCUAUCAGGGCUACCAGGCUCCGCAUCAGGCUUACCAAGCGCCGGCGGCUGCUGCGGCACCCGCCCCAGCGCCGUACUAUCCUCCGAGUGCUUACCAGCAGCCGGCUGCCUAUCCGGGCUACUACCCGCCUCAGCAACCGGCGCAACCAUACUACCCACCAAGCUAUCAACAACCGGCUUACCCUCCUGCACCCGCUCCAGCAGCAGCACCAGCAGCUGCACCACCGGCCCCCUACUACCCGGGCUACUAUCAGUAGAUACAGGCCCUUGUUUGUUGUGUCUGCGUAUGCAAUUCAAAGAUGGUCAAGGGUCAGAAUUGAGCAGUCUUUUGAACAGGAUAGCAUGACUGUCGCGUGAGCUGAACUAACUUGUUGCUUGUCAAACAAGUCAUUCCAUAUUCUGUUCUUACGGGAGCCGUGUUUGUUUC